GGCUGGGUGAAUCUUAAUUGUGUAAUGUUCAUUGACGAGUCAGGACAAUGCUACUGAGACCGCGGAGGAGCACCGAGCCGAACCGAGCAGAGCGAUGAAAUGCUCCCACCGAGGAGGACGCAGAUGGACAGCUUGGUUGAGCCGCUGGUCGCCCAGUACCUCGCCAUGGGAUGUCAGUCAAAGGAGAACCAAAACGAAAGCAUAACGGCAGACGAAAAGGGAACAGACGAUAUGAGGGUGACUUCAGGAUAUACCCCCAACAGGUCUAGAGUUUCUCCUCCUCGCCGUCCUCACAGGUUCCACAAACCCGUCUCAUCCCCGAUCACUGCAAAUAAAUCAAUAAUGUCUCUGGGACAUCUCACCAAAGCAAGCUGGGAAGAACUCAUCCAGGCUUGUCUGGAGUUGUUUGAUGCAGAUGGUUGCGUGAGAAAGACCAGCCACCUGCUGAACAUCACCCUGACCAUGCAUCGUCUCCUCAUGUCCUCCAGUGACCUGCUGGACAAACUCAUCAAUCUUUUUAAAACAGCUCUGGACAAUGAACAGCCAGCAGAAUGCCAGAGGAUAUGCUACCUCAUCAGACAUUGGAUUCAGGAAUUCUGGAUGAUGUUCCGCUUGCCCCACAGCUUGUCCGACAGCCUGGACGACUUCCGUGAUCUGCUCAGAGAACACGGACAGGAGCAUCUUUGCUCUCUCCUAGAGACCAAAUGGAUAAAUGAACGAGAACGGUCGUGGAAAGCCAGCCAGAAGAUUCAAGCUAACUAUAGUAAAAAGAGGAAAGUUUCUCUUCUUUUUGAUCACCUGGAACCCAGUGAGUUGGCUGAUCACCUCACUUUCCUGGAGUUUAAAUCCUUUUGUAGAAUAUCAUUUAUAGACUAUAUAAAUUACAUUCGAAGCUGCUGCAUGAAGGACAUCCCUGUGCUGGAGCGUUCCAUUGCCCUGUGCAAUGGGAUUUCCCAGUGGGUUCAGCUGAUGGUGCUGAGUCGGCCAACAACUCAGCUGAGAGCUGAGGUUUUCACCAAGUUUAUCCACGUUGCAAAGUGUCUACAUCUUAUGCACAACUACAACACACUAAUGGCAGUGGUGGGAGGGCUUUGUCACAGCUCGAUAUCAAGACUGAAAGACACCACAUCACAUGUACCCAAUGAGGUCACCAAGGUAUUAAACGAGAUGACGGACCUGCUGUCCUCCUGCAGAAACUAUGACAACUACAGACAAGCUUAUAACAAAGUGACGGGUUUUAAAAUCCCAAUCCUUGGUGUCCAUCUCAAAGACCUUAUUUCCGUCAACGAAGCCAUGUCAGACUAUGUGGAUGACAACAAGGUGAAUGUCCAGAAGCUCCAGGCACUCUACAACCACAUUAAUGAGCUCAUUCAGCUGCAGCAGAUUCCAUCCCAACUGGACGCAAAUAAGGACCUUGUUCAUCUGUUGACGUUGUCCUUGGACCUCUACUAUACUGAGGAUGAGAUUUAUGAGCUGUCUUACGCACGGGAACCAAAGAACUGUAAAGCACCGCCAGCAACCCCCUCCAAACCUCCAGUUUAUGUGGACUGGGCUUCGGGGGUGGCUCCUAAACCCGAUCCUAGAACCAUCAGCAAACAUGUGCAGAGGAUGGUAGAUUCUGUGUUUAAGAACUAUGAUCUAAACCAGAACGGAUUUAUUUCUCAUGACGACUUUGAGAAAAUUGCUGCAAGCUUUCCUUUCUCCUUCUGUGUCAUGGACAAAGAGAAGAAAGGUCUUGUAAGCAGAGAGGAGAUCACGGCUUAUUUCAUGCGAGCCAGUGUUAUCUGCUCCAAAUUGGGCCUGGGUUUUGUUCACAACUUUCAGGAAACCACUUACAUGAAACCCACUUUUUGUGACAACUGCUCAGGGUUUUUAUGGGGUGUCAUCAAACAAGGAUAUAGAUGCAGGGACUGUGGCAUGAACUGCCACAAGCUGUGCAAGGAUCAGGUGGCGUUUGAGUGCAAGAAGAACACCCGAUCGACCAACACCGUUGACAGUCCAACACCGAGCUCCACUCCGAUUGCAUCAAGCACCUCAGAGGGUUCAGAAGAGUGUCCGUUCCCUUACCCAUCAGAUGGGAGAAGGGACUGGAGCCCAGAAUCUCCAAUCACACCCAACUGGAGGCCUGCAAGAGUCCAUAGCUACACCCAGACAGAGGGACCUCAGUUAUCCUCGAUGGCGCCUGAAGCCAGCCGCCUUCAGUCCUCUCUCCUAAUCCCCGUCCCACCCAUCCUCCCCUCCUGCCCCAGCCCCGUGCCCUUGAGAAAACAACGAUACUGUGCCAAGUGGGAGAACAGAGCCUCUGUCUUGCAAAAACCCAAAGAGUCAGUGGAGGAGAGCAAAUGCACUUAUGAAUCUCUGGAAUAUGAAAACCUGAGACUCCAACAAGACAAUGAGGCACUACGUGAGAAACUCAGGGAGACAAAGUUGGAAGUGGAGAAAUUGAAGUCAUAUCUGAAGAAACAUGCUCUUCAUCCUGUGGUGGAGGAGGACUCCUCCUCUUAGAGAUGAACCUCUGCAGAGAGACUGGUGUCAAUGCCCUGUGGUGGAAGAUGUUAAUUUUAAUUUAUUGAUCAUGGACAGUGAACAUGUUUUACAAGAAAAGGUGCAUCUCAAUAAAUUGCAAUAUCAUUGAAAAGUUUAUUUAAAUCAUCUAAGUGGCAGGGGAACUGAUUAAUUAUACACAUAAUAUUUAUUAAUUUUGGGAAUUGUGGCGUAUGGGCAAUAAAACCCCCAAAAUUCAGUGUCUGUCAAUAGUAUUUUUUUUAUAAACAGGAAUGUUAUGGAAUGGCUUAAGCAGUCAUGUGUUUGACUGCCACCAUUUACCUAACAGACACUCAUUGAGACAUUUAAGGUAAUUCAAUGAAUGUAAUUUCUAGUGAGUCCACAAACAACAGGAAUUAAAGGAGGCAAAGGACUGCGACACAAAGCCCAUUUCAAAGCUUUGGAGAGUUUUGCGAGAUGUUGUGCCGCCAUACACAGACAUAUAUCACUUUGUAUUUUAUUAUUCUGUGCAAUAUAGCUUCACUUUUUGAACUAAUUAUGUAUUUCAUUUUGUUGAGAUGCACCUCUAUCCUGAGAGUCGAGUGACUUGGUAUAAUGUGAGAAAAGUGAAAUUAAGUUUUAGUGCUGAUUGUGUAUGAGUUUUCUAAGACUACAUUGCAGGAUGAAGUAACAGUUUGUGAAUGAUUUUCAGUGGCAUGCAUCAGAAUUAAGCUACAUUAUGAAAACAAGUUAAACAGUUAUGACCAGGCAUGGGCCAGUUUGAGAUUCUGAUAUGUUAAUGCUAAGUAAAAAUGUAAUCACUGUAUUUAGGGGAAAAAUAUUGAACUGAAUUGUGAAACAGGAUAGGAAAAAAUCUGAAUUUUUUCUACAUUUUAAAAACAAUACAACAGUCACUCUUACUAUUGCCAAAAUAUUUAAAUAUAUUGAUUAUAUUGAUUAUAGUGUUUGAGAAAGACGCGAAAGAUAUAUUAAAAAUUGCUCUCCAUUCUUUUAUCCUUAAACAUCUGAAAUAUGUCCAUCUAUUUAAAUUAGAUUUAAAUAGAUUUUAAAUGUUUAUCAUUGUUUGUUGUAGCUCUGGUUCAGGAGUUUCUGUGUUAUUAACUGUGAAAAAACUACAUGCCUAGAGGUUCCCUCUCUGUGUCAGCCUUCAAAGUCUGCUCCUGAACUGACUUGCUGCAGCUUGUUUAGAUAUUUCUGUUAAAUUAUCAGCGAGCACUUCUUUCGCAUGGGAAAAUGCAGAGUUUUGGCGUGAAAACAUGGAUUAUAUUUGUUCAAAACACAUGAAAGCCCUGGGGUUGCGUGGCUGAAUUGUUAAAUACUAAGUUAUUGACAAAGUUAGAUUUAACUACCUGUGUUUCUGUAAAACAAGUGUUUCUUAAACAAGUAAAUUAUUAAGUUAGCUUUCUUGUUAUUUUUCAUAAUUGUUUGGGAUAUUUUUUUAUUUUAACAGAAAUAUUUCCAAACUGCAGAAUUUUUCUUCCUGCUAAGCAAGGAAAGACUGGAGUAGCCUUCUUGCAGCCAACUGACCAGCAGUGCACGGCAACUGAGGGAAGGGAAGUGCAGAGUUACUUUAUGUUCCAAACAAGCUAGAGAAACUUCUGAUCAAAAAAGUGAUUUCGAACAGAAGGAAUGACUGGACAGAAAUAUCCAUCAGUUUCAAAGCUUAGUAGCAGUAACCGGCCCAUGCCUAGUUAGGACAGACAAACUCUUUUCUCAUAGGAGCGAGUAUUUCUCACAUCUGGUGAAAUGUUUUUUUGUUUUUUUUUGCCUCUGUCAAAACCCAUGAAAGACAGGCCAUGAUCCAAUCAGCAAGUGCAGUAUUUAAGAAAGUAUAGCAAAUGUGUUUGAUCAAUUCUUGAUCAGUUAGUGAAGUUAAAUAUUUAUGUUAAACAUAAUAAAGCAGAAAACGGUUGCUGCAUAAAGAAAAACGUGUGCAGCAGGAAGCAUAUGACAAAUAAGUUACUACCAGCGACGAUAAGAGGCCACCGUAUUUUAUCUCCAUUCUAAAAAAUGGACCACUUCGAUCUCCAGAACUGUUGUUGCUCUAUUACAUUUUUUUCCUUUUCAGUGCAUUGCUAAUAUUUAUUGUCUGAAACACUACAUAGUUCUUAUACUGCAUAAGAAUUUUUUUUUGUACACGAUAGUGGUACUUUUUCUGACUUAUUUAUGCCCCUACACAACUGCCUUUUUUUGUUGUGUAGCUGUAUCAUUUAUUACUAUGUGGUCUACUGUAGCAGUGUUGUACUGUGAAUGAUGGUCAAGAUCCAUGUUUUUGAAUUGUGCCUAAUGUACUGUAAAUACAAGGUAUACGCAUAUUAUGCCAUAUCAAUUGUCUAGUUUAAACCCCAACCUCCAUGUAUUGUUCUCUUAUUGUUCUAAUAAAUAAUGUGCACGCUGGAUUAUAA